GCGGCAUGCGCAACAUCUGUUCACUUAAUUCUCUCUCCUCUUGUCCUACGUUGUACGUACGCCUCUUUCCUAUCAAACUAGAAAACCCUAAUCCGGUCGGCAAUCUCCUCCGUGCUUCUGUCCCAUUCCUUCUUUCUGUAGAGGCUUAAUCCCUUUCCAUGGAAGAAGGCACCGACUUCCAUGAAUGGGAGAUGAUCCUGAGCUCGAACAUCUCAGACAACCUCAAAUCCGUCGAAGUCCUUGACGAGGACACUGAGGACGGAGCCAUCAAAGCCGACUACUUUUCCCUUAACUCCGGCGGCCGCAGAAGAAAAAUUCCGUCGGAGGAGGAAAGUGUUGAGGUUGGUAACGAUUCCGAUAACCCCAGCUGGGUGGACCCGGAUUCUGACUCCAGGUUACUCGAAGGCUCUAGAGGGAAGCUAGGUUUUGUUGGAAUGAAGCUCCCGGUAGGGAAUUCCAAUUGUUUUUGGUCAGAUGAAUCUUCUGAUGGGCAGAGAUCCCUGCCUGAUAGCGAAAAGAUGGAGCUUGGGAACUUAGGGGAUUCGGUUAUGGAAACGGCUUCUGAAGAAACAGAUGAUAUGUGUGAGAAUCAGGGAGGACAAAGUCAGGGAAAUGAGAAUUCUGGUGCGCAAGAGAUGAUACCUGUGCAUGUUUGUGCUGAUUCUAGCGGGGGUGAGAAGAGGGAGAAUGUUUGGUGGAAGAUGCCUUUGGAGUUGCUGAAGUUUUGCAUUUUCAGGGUAAGGCCUGCUUGGUCGAUAUCCAUAGCUGCGGCUAUGGUUGGGAUUAUUAUGCUGGGGAGGAAACUGUAUAGGUUGAAGCAGAAGAGCCGGAUCAUUCCCCUGAAAAUUGCUAUUGAUGACAAGAAGGCCUCCCAGUUUGUGGCUCGCUCUGCCCGUCUUAAAGCAAUUUCACUGGUUCGUUACAUGCCACUUAUGCGGCCUUCUCUUCCAGCUAGUGGUGCCACUCAAUGGGCGGCUCUGCCCCUAAGAUGAGUUCUGGAGCUUUUGAGAUGGCAGAAGAGACUUUCUCUUUUAUGAAGACAAGGAUACACAAUAUCAUGCAUUCUGUACCCAUGUUUUAUAGCUUGUGAUGAUUCUUCUUUCUGAACUGAAGUUCUUUGUGAUUAUUACUCUCUUUCUUAAUGUGUUGUUUACUUCAAGUUUACAUUGAAAUCAAUCUGCUUCUAUGUAUCACUCUCUUUCUUAAUAUGGUUCUUCUUUAUGAAUUCUCAA